GCAUAAUAGAGUUGGAAUUAUCGAUUUAAGUGGUUUACCUAAUUUAGAGAAUUUGUAUUGUUCGGGUAAUGAAUUAGAAGAACUUGAUUUAAGUGAAAAUACCAAGUUAAAAAACUUAGUUUGUGAUAAUAAUUUUUUUGAAAAGCUAGAUGUAAAGCAUUUAAGUAAAUUAGAGAGUUUGUAUUGUUUUAGGUGUGGUUUAGAGGAUUUAGAUUGUAGUGGUUUAAAUGAAUUAAAAGAAUUGUAUUGUGCCAAUAAUGUUCAUGAAGGUGAGGAGAUAAAUUACAGAUUAUCAAAAAUUUCCAUAGAAGGUUGCGACAAAUUGGAAAUUUUAGACUGUGCUGAAAAUAAUAUUGAAGAAUUAAACAUUAGCAAUCUUUCUAAAUUAAAACAAGUUUCUUGUAGGGAAAGCAAGUUAAUUUCCAUUAAUGCCAGUAAUUGCGUAAGUUUAGAAUAUUUGGAUUUUAGUAGCAACUUUUGUCUCCACACUUAUAACUAUGAUGGUGAAUUAAAGGAUGAGGAAAAUUGUUCGCUUGCCGUAGAGGAAGUAAUUUUAGAUAAUUGCCCCAAAUUAAGCAAGGUAUUUGCUAGUGAAAGUUUUGACUAUGAUUUAACAAAAUUACCUAAUUUAAAGAUAUUAAGAAUUGAUGACAAAGAAACUGACUUUGUAGCCCUCCGUAAUACCGAAAAAGUUGAACAAAUAUUAACUAAUCCCCAAGAUUAUUCGAUUGACCAAAUAAUUAAACUAGAAUUAUACGGAGUGUCUAGUGAAUUAAGGGAAAAAUUAAUUGCAUUAGUAAAACAAAAGUAUGAAGAUGAAAUAAGAAGAAAGUUUGAAACUCUUCCUCCAUUAGAAAAAGAUGAUUCACUAAAUGAAGACAAAGACCAAAUUAUUCUUGCCUUACAACAAAAAAAUGCCGAAUUAGAGACAAAAAUAAAAGCCCUAGAAACAGACAAAAAUAACCCUCAAAAAAUAGAAGAAAUUAGAAAUGAAAUUCUCAAUUCUGAACUUAGUGAAGAACAAAAACAGGAAUUAUUGAAACUUUUAGAAGAUAAGAAGAAAGUUUCUGAAAUCCAACCUAAACCAACUAAUUACUGA